GGCAGCACUCAUUGGUCACAUUAACAGUAUUGGAGCUGUUUGUGCUUCUGUUGACGUGGAGCUGCUUCACUCCACCAGGAAGAACCACAACCGACACACACCCACCAAGGAAAUCCUCCCAGUCACACACUCCACCAAGAUUCUGCUUUGAAGACUCUGUGAUGUUGAAAUGAAGAUUGAUGAGAAAGUUCUCACCUACUUUGAAUCUUGCAACUCACCUGUGGACAAAGAAGGCUUCCUACAUAAGAAGGGGGAGAUAAAGACUUCCUAUCAGAAGCGCUGGUUCGUGCUGAAAGGGAACCUCCUCUUCUACAAGGACCGGCCGACCGACCGGGACCUGAUUGGGGUGAUUGUUCUGGAGGGCUGCACCGUCCAGCUGUGCGAGUCCGACGAGCAGUUCGCCUUCUCGUUGGUGUGGAACGAACCGGGCCUGAGGACCUACAAGUUUGCGGCAGAGGACCAGGCGAGUCAGGAGAGCUGGAUCAAAGCCCUGCUGUCGGCCAACCACAGCUACAUGUCCCUGCUGGUGAUGGACAUGGAGAAGAAGUACAGAGAUGCUUUAGGUGCGUUCGGCAGUGAACCACGCAAGACUUUCUCAAUGCCCAAUUUCAGCACAGCACAAGUAGAAUAUCCGGCCGCCUUUCUGAACACACAAGCUGCAACACUGUCUUCGUAUCCAGCACCAGCUGUGGCAGCAGCACCCAGUCCUAUGCUCCAGACUCCAAACAUCUCAUCCAAAACAGCCAGCAAGAGAUCCCCCAAACUGUGGGCCAAGAAGAGCGCUAAUGUGAUGCCUGUUAACACUGCAGCUCUGUCCAUGGGGGAGUGGUCAGCAGUCUGUUUCAGCACCAGGGAGGAAUUCAGUAAACUCCACGAUGACUUUGGAAAAGAAGUAAAGGAACUGAUUGCCGAUUGGAAAAGAGGAAACGGUGACGAAGUUGUUCAGGAAGGAAACUUAAUAGAUUUUGGAUAGUAAAUGGGAAGUUUACUCAGUUUCUUAACCUUAAUUUAAAUAACAAUGUUUGCACGACCAAGCUGUUUUGUAAAUUGUGAUAUAGUUAGAGCAGUUAUUUUUAAGAUGUAUUUUUUAUUCAGGAACAUACUGUUUCUUUUUUCUUUUCUUUUUUUACUUAUUACACCAUAGAUUUAUCCAUAAAUGAUCUAUGAUCUGCACUGUUGCCUUUUGACACUUUGUAAAGUGAUAGAAUCAUAGACACCAGCUCCAAGCUAGAUUCUUAUGUGGCUUUCUUUUUCUACUCCAGCUAGUUUAUCUUUAGUAACUGUAGUGGCAUUGGAUAUCUAAAGUCAGGGUUUUAACGUAUCUUAAUGAUGCUCCAGUAUGUUUUUCUUUCCAAUGAUUGCACAAAUGGAAAGCAAAAAGAAAUGUCGACAUGAAAUUAAAUGGUGUAAUACUGCC